AUGAACUCCGUUGAAAAGGACCAACCCCUUCAUUAUUCCGCAGAUCUCAACAACCGCUGCAGAAUGGACGAAGAUGAAGACGAUAUGAAUCGACAAGGCUCUUCGUCCCCAGUUGUUGUCGACGAGGAUGAAGAAACGCCCGAGAACAUGGAAGCAGACGAGGACCCAGAUGAGGAUGAACCGAAGGAAGGCGAGCCGAGGAGAGUCAAAAAGUUACGCAUCGUUAUCACACCGGAGGACCGCCGGAUUGCAGCUGCUUCAGAAGCUUCCGCUUCAUUGGCCCCACCACCACCAGCAGCCGUAGAGCCAGUCCCUAUACUCGACCCCGUCGCAGCCAAAGCGGAAAGGAAGCGGAGAAGACGUAAAGAACGGAACAAGUUCAAAUGGCAUGAACGGGUUUGGAGAAGAAGAUAUAGAUGGAUGGUUCGCGAGGAGCCGGACCCGGCCACGAUCUCUGAUCAUGCGAAGAGACAGGCGGCAAUCCGGGCCCUGUUUCGCAGCUGUGUGGAGGAGAUUUUCUUACAAGAAUGCUUUGAUAUGAUGCGGACUGUGAAGCUGAACCCGAAAGUGCCGUUGGACGGAUAUUUCAUACCCAUCAGGCCGCAAGGGAUUACGCCCCAGACCGAACGAGCUCAAGUCGAUAAGAUGGAGGAAAAAUGCGACGUGUGCGGGCGGACAAUUGCGGUGACCCGAUACGCACCCCAUCUGGAGAAAUGCGUAGGGAUGGGCAGGCGGGCCGCUCGACCGCAACGUGGCAAAUACACCGAACAACCCGAACCGUCGACCAGCGCAGCAGUUGAGGAGGGGAUGGAGGACGAGGAUGAUGCAUAUAAUCCGAUCAGCAGCGACGAAGAGGACUGGGCCCCCAAGAAGAAGAAAAAGAAGCCGCGGGGCAAGAAGAAA